GCUUUCAGCAGCUUCAUAUCUGGAAUAACCCGUUGAUCUAAGUUGAAACGUAAGGGUAGCCACGGUAACGUAAUCUGUAAGGGUAGCCAUAAUACUUAUCUCCAAACAAAGGUUAAAAUGGCAAAGUAUCAAGCUUAACUCUGCUUUACCCCCUUUAAGUUAGCUUGAUUGAUUCUUCACUCAUUUUCCUCAAACAUCCUGUCUUGUGAGGAAGCCAAAAUGGAUGUAAUGGAAACACUGGACAAAUGUGCACUAGCAACCAAGGAAAGCCGCAUUAAUAUAUCCUUGGACAUCACUUUCCACGACAUUUGCUACACAGCAAAGAAAGGCAAAAAGCCAAAAAAUAUUCUGCACCAAAUGAGUGGCACUUUCAAGUCUGGCCAACUUACUGCCAUUUUGGGACCAUCUGGUGCAGGUAAAUCGUCCUUAAUGAACAUUCUAGCUGGUUUAAAAACGAGAGGAGUCGAUGGCAGAAUCGAAAUGAGCGGUGUAGAACGGGACUUGAAAACUUUCCAUAAGCAGUCUGCAUAUAUCGAGCAAUAUGAUCAUUUGCUACAAAAUUUGAGCGUUGAGGAGUAUAUGGAUGCUGCUGCUCGUCUAAAAUUGGGAAUAGACAUCACUGACGGGGAAAGAAAGUCGAAGGUGGAGUCGAUCGUAAAAACACUAGGGUUAUCUAACAGCACGAAAACGCGUAUUUCCUGCUUAUCAGGUGGUGAACGUAAACGACUAUCUAUUGGAUUGGAAUUGUUUGAUGAUCCGUAUUUUCUGUUCUUGGAUGAACCAACUAGUGGGUUGGACAGCUCUUCGAGUUUGCAGUGUGUAGGAUUGCUUCGUGAGAUCGCCAGAAGGGGUCGAACUGUAGUAACAACUAUCCAUCAACCAAGUUCACACUUAUUGGAUCAUUUCGAUCAUUUGUACAUAGUUGCAGAUGGAUUAUGCAUUUACCAGGGCCCAGUGAAAUCUUUAGUGCCCUAUCUACAGACAUUUAACUUACAAUGCCCUAAAUAUCAUAACCCUGCUAAUUUUGUGAUGGACGUAGCUUCGGGAGAUUACGGUGACGUAUUGCCACAGUUGGUGUCUGGCGUUGAAAAUGGCCGUCUGAUUUACAGCGAGAGUUCAGCCCUUUUAUGUACUGCGGAUUCUCUAGACACUGAAGAACAAAAAUUAAAAUAUGAAAACCUAGAGAAUCACAGAAUGAACAAAAGCAAGGAACUAUCAUACGCCAUACCAUUCCACAAUCAAGUUGCCAUUUUGCUUGAACGAACUUGGCGAACGAUUUGGAGAGAGAAGAUGCUGACACAAGUGCGUUUUACUACUCACGUUGCUUUCGGCAUCUUCUUUGGAAUGGUGUACCAGGCAGUCGGGAACGAUGCUGGUUUUGUAUUAAAUAAUAUCGGACUACUCUACAUCAGUCUAAUAUUUAUAGUCUUUACCUCUGUCAUGCCAACUGUCGUGACCUUUCCACUUGAACGCCGGGUAGUGUUUCGAGAACAUCAGAAUCAUUGGUAUAGCCUCAAAGCCUAUUACCUUGCUAAGCUGCUAGUCGACAUCCCGUUCCAGAUUAUUUUUCCUACGGUGUUUUUGACGAUUGUCUAUUUGAUGAGCAAUCAACCGAUGAGCAUGGAUCGUUUCAGUAUGCUCCUGUGCAUCACCAUCUGCAUAGCUCUAGUUGGACAAGGCAUUGGAUUGGUUGUAGGUGCGGCUUUUGAUAUUCAAUCAGCUGCCUUCCUUGCACCAGUCUUCGCCAUUCCGUUUCUCCUCUUCGCUGGCUUCUUUAUCAACUUAAACGCCAUCCCAUCUUACCUGAUGUGGAUGUCUUACGUCAGUUUCUUCCGCUACGGAUUUGUAGGAUCAAUGUUAUCGAUUUACGAUUAUGACCGUCCGCCGUUAAAUUGCUCUCAACCUUACUGCCAUUAUCGUUUGCCUGACAAGUUGUUAGAACAGUACGACAUGGCUGACUGUUCAUAUUCUUCAUGUAUCGUUGGCAUGCUGGUUUAUUUUGUUGUUUUGCGCUUGGCCGGGUACAUUUUCUUGCGUUUGAAGUUGAAGAGUAUCCUGUGAACUUGUUUUUCGCUCUUCAUGACCAGGCUUGUUUUUUGUUUAUUAGAUUCAAUUUAUUAAAUGUUCUAUGCAAAAGUUAAUAUAUGUAGAUGUUACCCAAAAUAGUUUUUUGCAUCAAUGGUUUUUUUCAACUUGCUCCACCAAUAUUGUUCUGUCAAAAAAUUUAGUCUUAUUGUGCUGUAUCCCAAAACUAACUUGAAAGAUGUUACAGUAUUUCACAUGUCAAAGCAAGUUAUCAAUAAGGUUUUAUUAGUACUGAAAAACAAAUAUAUAAAGCCACUUACUGCAUAACUUUGGUGUUUUUCUGCUCCCGUGUGAACCAAUCAAUUUAAUCUGUAAACCAAU